CAUGCAGAACGCGUCCUCGGACGCGCCACGUCCUUCACACACACACCAGGUCUGUCUAACCACCAAAGCUGUUAGCUGUUGAGGCUAUCAGCCUAUUUAGAAACUUUGAUUGGAUACAAUUUCUGAAUCUGUAUUUAAAAUCAGAUAGGAUACCCAUAGGGACGGGCUACUACGUCGCUGUGAGGACGCAUCAACAAACCGAGGAGGGGAACCAACGUGCUCUGAAUACAGACACCCAACUAUUGACACCUAAUGUAGCCUUGCUCAACGCUCCUUUAGGACAAAGCCAACAGCUAAUCGAUCAGAGGACUUGCUGUUUAGCCUAUAGGCCUCUCUGUUUUCUGAUUAAAACAGGAAAAGGUUUUCAGUUUUAACACGUUAUUUUAUCGGGAUUAUUCACCUGUUGUCUUUGAACAAUCUCCGCUUUAUUCCAGAGGGAGACAUUGGCCAUCCGCCAUCGGCUCUCUCCGAAGCGCACAGAAAAGAAGCAGUAGCCUACACAUACAAGCAAGUCCCCAAAGACGAGAGCUGUCUCUUGCUUUGACAUGCUGUAGUAGUUUUGACUGGACUGGACUUAUGGCUUCGCUGUAUCAGAGAUUCACCGGUAAGAUUAAUACAAAUAACUCUUUCCCGCACCCACCUGAGGCCAGCCACCUACUCGGCGGACAGGUCGCGGAUGAGGAGAACAACACAGGGAAGACCUCUCAGCCCGUCGCCGACGGCAGAGCCCAUGUUCCCUACCGAAAGAAAAAUGCGAGCGAGGACGAGCAUGAGCUGGUGGGCAGUGCCCCUCCACAGAGGAACUGGAAGGGGAUAGUCAUCGCCCUGCUGGUCAUCUGCAUCAUCUUGUCUCUGAUCGUCACCGCUGUCAUCGUGCUCACCCCAAUUGCAGAUGAUAGCCUUGCCCUCAAGAAGAAAGUCACCAUCGAGGACGUCUUCGGAGGAGAUUUUCAUGUGCACGACCCCGACGCUACAUGGCUCAGCGACAAUGUACUGCUGUAUCGAACACAAGAAGGGGAUGUGGUCAAACUCAACGUCGAAACACAGGAGAGGGUCGUUUUGGUGGAGAACAGGAAGUUUGAAAUGUAUAAAGCCACCAAGUACCAAAUAUCUCCAGACCUGGAACAUGUAUUGUUGGCCUACAACGUGGCCCCAAUCUACCAGCACUCCUACAUGGCAUUCUACAUCAUCUGUAGUCUCAUCACUCCGGAAACGUGGAGUCUGAAUCCUCCUGAGGUACGGAACUCCCUCCUGCAGUAUGCUGGAUGGGGACCCAAGGGCCAACAGUUGAUCUUUAUCUUUGAGAACAACAUCUACUACAGAGCGACAGUGGAGAGCAGAACCAUUCGCCUGGUGUCCACAGGGAAGGAGCGAGUCAUCUUCAAUGGCCUGAGUGACUGGCUGUAUGAAGAGGAGAUACUGCAGACCCACAUAGCCCAUUGGUGGUCUCCAGACGGUCUCAGACUGGCCUAUGCCACCAUCAACGACACCCUGGUGCGCAAGAUGGAGGUCCCCAUCUUCACUGGCGCCCUGUAUCCAACAGGGCUGGAGUGUCACUACCCUAAGGCUGGGGAGGACAACCCUGUAGUACACCUGUCUGUGGUGAGUCUGAACGGACCCCUUCACACGGUGGAGAUGAAGAAGCCAGACGACCCCAGGAUAGGAAGAGAAUAUUACAUCACAAUGGUAAAGUGGGCCACCAGCACCAAGCUGGCAGUCAACUGGCUGAACAGAGCUCAGAACAACUCCAUACUGACACUGUGUGAGGCCACCACAGGAGUGUGCACCAAGAAACACGAGGAUGAAAGUGAGGGCUGGCUACACAGACAGAACGAGGAGCCACUCUUCUCCCAUGACGGAUACAAGUUCUUCUUCACCAGAGCUAUUCCUCAGGGUGGAAGGGGAAAGUUCUUCCAUAUCUCCAUGUCCACCUCCCAGCCCAACACCAGCACAGACACUCUGCAGUCCCUGACAUCAGGCGACUGGGACGUGACUCAGAUACUGGCCUACAGCCAAGAAAGGCAGCUCAUAUACUUUUUGAGCACAGAGGAUGAUCCAAAACGACGACACCUCUACAGUGCGGACACCAAUGGCCCAUUUAAUCGCUGCUGUCUGUCGUGUGAGUUCAAGUGUGGCUAUGUGGAUGGCUCCUUCAGCCACAACAUGCAGUACUUCCUGCUCAACUGUAAAGGCCCUGAUGUACCCAGUGUUGCCAUCUACAGUACCAAAGACAUACAGAAGGUCCUGGACCUGGAGACUAACGAGGGAGUGAAUAACACGUACCACAGCAUGCAGAUGCCCAAAGUGGAGUACGAGACCAUCACCAUAGACGAUUACACUCUGACAAUGCAGAUCCUGAAGCCAGCUGGUUUCAUAGACACAGCUCACUACCCCCUACUGCUACUAGUAGACGGAACACCUGGCGGACAGAUGGUGACAGAGCAGUUCCGUGUGGACUGGGCCACGGUGUUGGUGAGCAGUUACAGCACCAUUGUGAUCCGCUUUGACGGCCACGGGUCCGGGUUCCAGGGCACCAAGCUCCUCCACCACAUUAGGAGGAAACUGGGUGUGAUCGAGGAGAGGGACCAGAUGGAGGCCCUCAGACUGAUAUCCAAAGAAAUGUACAUCGACAAAAGUCGAAUGGGAGUAUAUGGAAAGGUUUACGGAGGGUAUUUGGCCACAAUGCUUUUAAGUUCUGAUGACUCCCUGCUUAAAUGUGGAGCCGCCGUCUCGCCCAUCACAGAUUUUGAGUUAUACGCUUCAGCAUUUUCAGAGAGGUACCUUGGAUCACCAAAGACAGACUCUCGAAUUUACUCGAUGGCCAGUUUAGCACAUCGGGCAGGUCGUCUCAUGGACAGGAAGUACAUGAUUAUCCAUCCAACCGCUGAUGAGAAAGUUCAUUUCCAGCACUCUGCAAAAUUCAUAAACCAUUUAAUCAACGAGAAGGCAAAUUACUCUUUACAGAUCUACCCAGACGAGGGACACUUCCUGCAUAGCGAUGGCACUCGGCAACACCUGAGCCAAUCACUGGUCAACUUCUUUGAGGAGUGUUUCCGACUGCCGGACUUACCGAGCGACGAAGAGAAGGACAAGGAGGAUGAGGGCGAUGGUUAAACCAGCUGACACAUGGUUAACGCUCUAGCCAGUUACUACAGCACAAUAUGCAACAAAUCUUUCUCAACUCAUUACCCCCACCCAUAGCCUGGUUCCAGAUCUGUUUGUGCCGUCUUGCCAACUCAGCUGGUCAGCUAAUGAUCAUUUAGAGCUUGCAUUGGUGAAACAGAUCUAGGAUCAGGCUAACCUACUCCAUCCUCUGUAUAAUUUGGGCUUCUCUUUAGGGCACAGUACCUGCAUGUACCAAUAACCUCACACCUCACCCUUUUCCUCUUCUUCAUCACUUCUGGUUGGCUGACAACUGGACUGGCCAGCAGACAUCAAAUUGUGCUGCUGUUUUUAUCCUCUUAGAUGUAAUGGCAAAAUGUAGAUUUUCUCCUAAAUAGAAAUACUCAAAGGUAACUACUAUUCAUGUGUAAUUACAUAAUUCUGACAUGCAAAAACGUGGUAUAUUUGAAAAGAUGACAUCUGGGAGAUGAUCAGAAGAUAUGAGUUACAUAGUUCAGAAUACACAAGAUCAAGCACACACAAAAUCAUUUUUAUUUUAUUUUGAAAGUAAUCUUUCAUUGACAAGCUAUAAGUGAAUUAUUGAUGCCAAGAGCUGGAAAGUCAUAUGAUGGCUUCCACAACAUGUGAACAAUAUCAGGAAAAAAAUGGGAUUGAUAGACCUAACAACUAGAAAUGGCAGAUGUUUUAGUAAGUGGUGUCAGGUGUGGUCACAGAACGUUUCCAAGUGUCCCAUAUCCUCUCCAAAGUGGCAUAUGUCUGUAAAUUAGAUCAUUCCAGUGCUAUUACAUAUUUGGAAUCCCUUAAUGCGAUUUGUUCAAUAUAAAACACAAUUUCUACCAUAUCAACCUCA